AUGCCUGCCUCAUAUGUAAGGCCCUCUUUGAGUUGUUGCUGGUGCCGCUUUUUCUUUCUUGACUGUGUCAUGGGACCUUGCCCUGUCUAGGGUGCUGUCUUUUGGAUGGGACGUUAAACGGGGUCACUAAAGAUCCCAUGGCAUUUAUCGUAAGAGUAGGGGUGUUAAUCCCGGUGUCCUGGCAAAAUUCCCAUACCAUCAAGGUCACAUAAUCAAUCCCAGCUUCCAAUUGGUUCAUUCAUCCCCCCUUCUCUCCCCUUUAACUAUUCCCCAGGUCGUUGCUGUAAAUGAGAAUGUGUUCUCAGUCAACUUAACUGGUAAAAAAGUAAUCAAAUAUAAAUGGGUCAAGUCCACUUAUAAGUCAAGCAUUGUAAACUGAAACAAAAAAAUACACAAUGAACUUCGAUUCACUUCCUGACUCAACAUGGAGUUGACCCCAACAUUAACGACUACACACAGAAAAUAGACUGGCUGUGUUUUAUGGAAACAUCUCAAGAUAAAGCUACGAUUCAUUCCGAUUCUCAUUUCAUAAGUAACAACUGUGGUCGUUUGAACCUAGUGGACUCUCUCUCUCUCUCUUUCCCCCCCAUUUGAUUGCGUCAGCUACUCCACCAACCAGAGCCAGUGCUCAUAAAGCAUCUCAGAGUAGGAGUACUGAUCUACAGUAGGCCUAGGAUCAGUUUUGCCUUAAAUGUCAUAAUGAGUAAGAUUACAUGACCUGAUCCUAGAUCCGCGCUCCUGCUGCUUAUUUAAUAGAGACAUUGCACAAUAAACAACAACUCAGUCAAUAUAGAUGUGUGCAGACAUCGGAGAAGCAGAGAAAGGAAUAGUAUAGGAGGAGAGAAGAGGAGGGAGGACAAAAAUAAAGUAUGUGAUGGGCACGAAGCAGAUGUGUUGUUCUGUAGGGGUCAUCAACAUGAGUCAUUCAUCUUGGAGGGAGGGAGGGGGAGAGAGAGAGAGAGCUCCAAAAAGACAGGAAGAGCAGUAAUAACGAGCUGACCACACUAAGAGAGGAGCUGCAGGAGGGAAAGAGAACAGAGGACAGGCUGCAGGAGCAGUUAGAGCCCCUCUCUGUGACCUGCCCUCACACAGCAGAGGAGCCCACCCCAACCAGCCAGGCCUGCUGCACGCCUCCCUCCAGCUCACAGAACAGCCUCCCACUGACAGCCACAAGCCCUGACUCUACCCCCUCCAGUGGAGAAGACACACUGGCUGACAUCGUCCUGUUGAUGGACUCAAAUGGGAAGUUUGUUCAGGAGAAUAAACUUUUCCCUCGACACAAAACGAGAAAGGUGUGGUGCCCAACAAUGCAGAGUGCCAUGGAGCUGCUUGAUAAGGCCCAGCUCGGUCGCCAAGCCACAUAAUCAUACACACCUGGCCCACCAUCCUACCCUCCCUCUGGACUGUCUCUAUGACCAUGUUCACCUGUACAGGGAGACAGUCCCCAUCCUUGCCAAUACUCUCAAGGACGUCGCUUUAAACCGCAGCCCGAACUCACCACCCAGGAACAGCGGCGCAAUCUCCACCCCCCCGAGAUCACCGAGACAAAACCCCGGAAGAGCACCCUGGACCACCCAACCACGGCCACAGCACCACCAACCUCAACGCCCACCACAGCCAGUGCAACAAUGACACCCCAGCCCAGCUUCAGACCCACCCAGAUGAGGCGUACUGUACCAUCCCCCUCCCCCAGCCCAGCUUCAGACCCACCCAGAUGAGGCGUACUGUACCAUCCCCCUCCCCCAGCCCAGCUUCAGACCCACCCAGAUGAGGCGUACUGUACCAUCCCCCUCCCCCAGCCCAGCUUCAGACCCGCCCAGACGAGGCCUACUGUACCAUCCCCCUCCCCCAGCCCAGCUUCAGACCCGCCCAGACGAGCCCUACUGUACCAUCCCCCUCCCCUCCACCUGGAGGAUCCACAUCCCGGCAGACAGAGCUAAGCACAGGCUGUGAGAGGAGCAACUGGCCCAGCCCCCAUCAACGAAAUGAGUGA